AUGGACUCUCACUUUUAUUGCGAUCAACAAUUUGUAACUCCACAAAUACUCUUUCCUCAUACUGUGAUCAAGGAAGCACAACAACAACCACAGUAUGAGAAUGAACAAGAAGAGAUUGAUCAAUUUUAUGAUGAUUUUGAUAAUUCCGAUGAAGAAGAUUUAUUUGCAUCUCAUACGAGUAAAGUGAUGAUAAGUACGACGAAUGAUAAAGACCAUCACUCGGCUCCGAGCUCAUCACUCUCAACAUCUCAUCAUGAGAAUGAUGAUAACAAAGAAGCUCCGAGCAUGAUCGGAACAGUUAUUCCAUCUCUGGAAAAUUCAUCUCAACAUGAUGAUGAUGGAAUACAUGUUCAUGAAAUAUCAACCAUUCAACAGCACAUGUAUUAUUAUUUAUAUUGUUAUGAAGAGGAUGAGAGUGAUUUUGCAAGUACUUGUUCCUUAGAUGAUCAAGAGAAUGAUCAUCUUCAAGCAACGACGUUUAAACAACAUUUGGAUUACUUUUCUCUGAUCGAUCAGGAGGAGAAUGAUGAGGAUGAACAAUACAAUGAUUCAAGUACGGAAUUAUCUUCUCGUCAGAAAAAUCAAGAAGAAGAACAAGAAAUUCUUGAAAAUUCAAGUUUGAAAUCAGGAAAACAGGUGAGCCUUUUAGAUGACGAUUGGACAUUGAUACAAUAUUAUUUAAAAUAUACAGAAAAGUGUAGUGAAUUUAAUUAUUUCAAAAUUACUUUAACAAGCUCACGAACCAUUUUACAUGCCAAUAGAAAUCGAAUGAUACAACAAAGUACUAUUUUAAAAACAAUGAUGCAGAGUGAAAUGAUAGAAUCCAAGAUGAAUGAAAUGACUAUUAAUGGAUCCAUUGAAGAAGAGAAGGAUUUUAUACGAGUCAUGGAUUUUAUUCAUGUUGGAGAAUUGGGAAUUCCAAUUCUUGGAACAAGUUUUGCCAAUUUGGAAUGGUUUCCUGGUGAUUCUUUAAUUGGUAUGAAAGAUUUACUGCGAUUGAUCGAUAAGGCAGAUGAAUAUGGAGUUGCAAGCUUAAUUCACUCAAUUUCAAAAGUCAUGAAUGAGUACAAUGUCAUGAUAUUACUUGAAAAGGCUGUACAAAUCUCUCCUGACCUCUCAGAAAUUCUGGUGUUACAAGCUAUUGACAUCAUUGCCUCGAACUUGUCAUGUGUAAUUGGUGGACAAAUUUACAAUAAUCACUUGGAUCGAGAAGCAAUUCAAAUUCAAGCCCAGUUAAAUACUAUUGUGAAUACUCUAAUUGAGCUUCCUUCAUUAACUCAAACAGAUAGUGACUCUCCACAACAAUUACCUCUCUUGUUACGAAUUUUUCAGUCACGUCAUUGUAGGGCGAGCGCAGAACAACUAUUGGCAAUCAUUGUUGUUUGGAUAUUAUCAAGUCCUUUUCAACAAGAAAAAGCAGACAUGUCAGAAUUGAGAGAGUUGAAUGUUUUUCACAAUUAUGAAAAUAGCAAUGGAGAAUUUUCAAAACGACUCGACGCGGGCAUUUCAUUCAUUGCGAAUCGAUUAGACCUUUCAAGCAUGUCAUCCGAAUGUACGGACAUGUUUGUGGCCAAAGUUUUAUUAUCCAUUGUUUCUUCAUCAGCGCAAUUCAAACCUUUACAACACAAGCUUAAUAGAUGCUUAGCGACGCAAAUUGGUAAAUCUUACUAUGGUGCAUUCCCUAAUGACUCUGUGGAGAUGUUUACAGAUCGAAUCACUGGCCCAAUUUUCACACAAUUACUUUUUCCAGAACAUGCUGACAUUGAUCCACCACUGACAGAAUCAAGCUCUAUUGCAAGUAGUAGCAAUGAUCGAUUCAACAACAACCAUAGAAGCCACCACAACAGCAACAUCAACAACUCCGCUUUAAGCAUGGACAAUCAGUUAUUGCAAGAUUUAUUCUCUCUAUACUUUACUGAUAACAAAAAACAAACACAAAAAUACCUUCAAGAACAUUCUCUUCCAUUACUUUUCACAUUACUGAGAACAAUCCAUCGCUAUGAGUCACAUUCUUGGUAUCAAUUGUUAUGCUUAACUUCGAAUAGUAUCAUGACAAGUUUAGGAGAACAAUUUUCCAAAGAAGCAGAAGAUGUGUCACAAAAAGUCUACGAAAGGAAAGGUAAUAUGGAACCACCAAAAGUGUUUCAAGCAUGUAUGGUUGGAUUGGAUCGAUCUGGGAAAACUUCCCUCCUCGAAAAGAUGAAAGAUCCUAACUUGAAACAUUUGAAGGAAACAAUACCAACUGUUGGAUUUAAUACUGAAACAAUUUAUCAUGAAAAUGUGGAAAUAUUAGUGAGGGACAUUGGAGGAAUGACAAGGAUUCGAUCAUUAUGGUCACACUUUCUCUACUCGGCUGAUUUAAUUAUUUACGUCAUUGAUGCAUCUGACAAAUCUCGAUAUGAAGAAGCCAAAGAAUGUUUAGAUCGAUAUAUUGAUAUGAAUUUAGCCAAGAAAGAUUGUCGUGUGCUCAUUCUCGCUAAUAAGGUGGAUUGUUUGUUAGAGGUAUUUCCUCAAAAUCAACAUCAGCAACGAACCAAAAUUAUGAAAGAAACGUAUGAGGAACUUGUGGAACUCUUUGAAAAUUCUACAUUGAAUCAAUGGCUAAAACAGCAACAAGUGAGCGUCUACUCACCAUUGCUAAGUAAGCAGCACAAAAAGGUGAGUGAUUCACGAAUGAAAGAAGAACGACUGAAAAUUCAAUUAUGUUCUGCCCGAACCGGAGAGGGAAUUUAUGAGGGAUUUUCGUGGUUAUUUUCAAGCUUGGUCAUGAAAAACUUUUGGAACGUGGGGUCAAUGAAUUUCGGCCAGUUGAUUAAUGUCACUGAUCUAUUAAAGAUGGAACGGAAUGAACAGGUGUAG